GCAGCGUGGCGGUGGCUCUGGCGGUAGCGACGGCGGGCCAUAGGGCAACCGGAAGGUUUCCGGUUCCGGUGUAACGUUCGGGCUCCGUCUCAGGGGCUGAAGUUUGUGAGGUGUAGUACUUUGUCCGAUUUGAGCUCUUAGUCUCUGUUUCCUCCAAAAUGGCACUGUCUAAGCGGGAACUGGAUGAGCUGAAACCAUGGAUAGAGAAGACAGUGAAGAGAGUGCUGGGUUUCUCAGAGCCCACGGUGGUCACAGCGGCAUUGAACUGUGUGGGGAAGGGCAUGGACAAAAAGAAGGCGGCUGAUCACCUGAAACCUUUUCUUGAUGACUCCACUCUCCGAUUUGUGGAUAAGUUGUUUGAAGCUGUGGAGGAAGGCCGGAGCUCAAGACACUCCAAGUCUAGCAGUGACAGAAGCAGGAAACGAGAGUUAAAGGAGGUGUUUGGUGAUGACUCUGAGAUCUCAAAGGAAUCAUCAGGGGUAAAGAAGCGGCGAAUACCCCGUUUUGAGGAGGUAGAAGAGGAACCAGAGGUGAUCCCUGGACCUCCGUCAGAAAGCCCUGGCAUGCUAACGAAGCUCCAGAUCAAACAGAUGAUGGAGGCAGCAACGAGACAAAUCGAGGAAAGGAAAAAGCAGCUGAGCUUCAUCAGCCCCCCUGCACCUCAGCCAAAGACACCUUCUUCUUCCCAACCAGAGCGACUUCCAAUUGGCAACACUAUUCAGCCCUCCCAGGCCGCUACCUUUAUGAAUGAUGCCAUUGAGAAGGCAAGGAAAGCCGCUGAACUACAAGCCCGAAUCCAGGCCCAGCUGGCUUUGAAGCCAGGGCUUAUUGGCAAUGCCAACAUGGUGGGCCUAGCUAAUCUCCAUGCCAUGGGCAUAGCUCCACCGAAAGUCGAGUUAAAAGAUCAGACGAAGCCCACCCCACUGAUCCUGGAUGAGCAAGGCCGCACUGUGGAUGCCACAGGCAAGGAGGUGGAGCUCACACACCGCAUGCCCACCCUGAAGGCAAACAUUCGAGCUGUGAAGAGGGAACAGUUCAAACAGCAACUAAAAGAAAAGCCAUCAGAAGACAUGGAAUCUAAUACCUUUUUUGACCCCAGAGUCUCAAUUGCCCCUUCCCAGCGUCAAAGACGCACUUUUAAAUUCCAUGACAAGGGCAAAUUUGAGAAGAUUGCUCAACGAUUACGGACAAAGGCUCAGUUGGAAAAGCUGCAAGCAGAGAUUUCACAGGCUGCUAGAAAAACAGGCAUUCAUACGUCGACUAGACUUGCCCUCAUUGCUCCUAAAAAAGAGCUGAAGGAAGGCGACAUCCCUGAAAUUGAGUGGUGGGACUCCUACAUCAUUCCCAAUGGCUUUGACCUUACAGAGGAAAAUCCCAAGAGAGAAGAUUAUUUUGGAAUCACAAAUCUUGUUGAACAUCCAGCCCAGCUUAACCCUCCAGUUGACAAUGACACACCAGUUACCCUGGGUGUGUAUCUUACAAAGAAGGAGCAGAAGAAACUUCGGAGGCAAACAAGGAGGGAGGCACAGAAGGAGCUACAGGAGAAAGUCAGGCUAGGCCUGACACCUCCUCCAGAGCCCAAAGUGAGGAUCUCCAAUUUAAUGCGAGUAUUAGGAACAGAAGCAGUUCAAGACCCUACAAAGGUAGAAGCCCACGUCAGAGCUCAGAUGGCAAAGAGACAGAAAGCGCACGAAGAGGCCAACGCUGCCCGAAAACUUACAGCAGAACAGAGAAAGGUCAAGAAAGUUAAAAAGCUUAAAGAAGACAUUUCACAGGGGGUGCACAUAUCUGUGUAUAGAGUUCGAAAUUUGAGCAACCCAGCCAAGAAGUUCAAGAUCGAGGCCAAUGCUGGGCAGCUGUACCUGACGGGGGUGGUAGUGCUGCACAAGGAUGUCAACGUGGUGGUCGUGGAAGGGGGCCCCAAAGCCCAGAAGAAAUUUAAGCGUCUCAUGCUACAUCGGAUAAAGUGGGAUGAGCAGACGUCUAACACGAAGGGAGAUGGGCACAGCCAAAGACCGGAGCUUUGGAGAGAUGAAGUUCAAACAGUGCCCUACAGAGAACAUGGCGCGUGAGCAUUUCAAGAAGCACGGGGCUGAGCACUACUGGGACCUUGCCCUGAGUGAAUCUGUGCUGGAGUCCACCGACUGAGACGACUGCUAGCCUUGUGUCUUCUUCUCACUCUGCUUCCCAACCUUACCCAACUGUGCGUGUGAUCUCAGAACCGUGCCAGGCUGAUACUGGGGCAAAGAGACUACCAAGUUCACCCAGUCAGCCUGGUGCUACCCUUCCUCCUGUAUGUGCAUAUGAUUAAAGAGUUAUUUUUAAAAUUAG